CUAACAAUUCCUGCUACCUAAGUAGAUCGACCUGCUGCCUAGUUAUAUUUCUAUGGGACCAUCGGACAAUACUAAGAAUCACCGGCUGUGACAUUCUACGACUCUUUCUGCAACAAACAGUCGCUCGACAGUUAUUCCUUCCAUCAAUUUUAUCAAUUCAAGCUUUUGCUUAACCUUUAUUUGUGACUACACCAUGAAUACUACUCAAGCUACAAGCUCAGAGAAUCAUAUCAAAACGCGGUUCCUCAUCGUCUCUGACACUCACGGUGAAGAAUUCGGUCCGGAAGUGAACUCCCUCGAAGCCGAUGUCGCUAUCCACUGCGGUGACCUUACUGAGGAAUCUAAAGUAGAGGAGUAUCAAACUUCCAUGAGACUCCUCAAGAACCUAAAUGCACGCCUGAAGCUUGUCAUUGCUGGGAAUCAUGACUUUACAAUGGACACACCUGUAUUCAAGAAGAAAGUUGCUGAAGCAACACCAGCACUCGAUCCAGUUCUCGUUAAACGAGAGUACGGUGAUUUUGAAGAGAUGAAACAAUUUUUCAACGAAGCAGAAGCUGCGGGUAUACACUUUCUGGGUGAAGGAACCUGCAAAUUUGAACUCGAGAACGGUGCUUCGCUAACGGUGUAUGCCAGUCCUUACACGAUGUCAUUAGGUGGUGACUGGGGAUUCCAAUAUCACCCGGAUCAAGGCCACGAAUUCUGCAUCGAGAAGGGAGUCGACGUGGUCAUAACUCAUGGGCCACCAAAUGGUAUCAUGGACUAUACUGAUUCUCGAAAACGAGCAGGCUGCCCACACCUAUUUGGCGCUAUCGCUAGAGCUCGCCCACGGUUGCACUGCUUCGGGCAUAUUCAUGAAGGGUGGGGGGCAAAACUUGUCACCUGGCGCGGUCAACCUAGUGAAAUACCAUCCCAUUUUACCGACAUCGAUAAUUCGAAGUCGGUUGUGAUCGAUUCUCUGGCCAACUUAAAGGCUUCUCGAUUCGACACACCCGAGACCAUAGCGGAGAAGUCGAAGAGAAGGGACUCGCUGCACCGUGAGGGAUGUCGCUCGACCAGUCAUUGCACCGGGGAUGCGGAGCCUCUGAAAUACGGCGAACAAACGAUUUUUGUGAAUGCUUCAAUAGAAGGAACUGAAGAUUAUCAGAUGCACGCGCCAUGGUUAAUCGAUCUUGAGCUUCCGAGGGCCAGGUAGAAGCUCAAACCUAUGGUCCCCCCCGUCAGUCUGCUCUGCGAUCAUGUUAGCUGUUGAUCACCAACUCAGCUGAGACCCCGGGGAGGAUUUACACCCUAAAUUUCUAGUUAUGUCGAGCAGUCAUAUUUGCUUUCCCGGUUCAUGUUUUGGACUAGAGACCCUCGAUUUGAA